AGUUAGAUGUCCUCAAGUCUGACCUCUUAGUCGAGGGUCAGUUGCCAGAGGAGGAUUUUUUUUUUCCUGCCUCUCUUUUUUAUACUUCCUUCUUGGGCAGAAGGCUGGUGUAAUAGAAACCAGACACAAGUCAGAAUGUGAGGCAUUCAACAGCGGCCAGACCUCACUUCUGCACAGAGUUGGAAAACAAGAUAAACAGAAAGCUUGCACUGCCUAGCCUCCUAAGUUUCAUCAUCUUUUUUUUUGUUUUGUUUUGUUUUUGUUUUUCCCUCAUUUUUAAUCAUUUUGGAAGUAAUUAAUAAGCCGUCAAGGGCCAGGACGUUAGGAUGGAGCUGGUAUUCCAUGGAUCAGGCUGUGCGAGGGAUAUAUAGGGAGAGCAGAGGAGAUAUGGACAAUCUUCAGGAUGGGGAGUGCAUUUUCAGCUUUUCCAGAUUCUAGUUGAAAAGCUUGUUGGACCACCAUGAGCUGGAGCUUUCUCACUCGUCUGCUGGAAGAAAUCUCCAACCACUCCACCUUUGUGGGUAAAGUGUGGCUGACGGUGCUCAUCAUCUUCCGCAUCGUCCUCACAGCGGUGGGAGGUGAGUCCAUCUACUCGGACGAGCAGACCAAGUUCACUUGCAACACCAAACAGCCGGGCUGCGACAACGUGUGCUACGAUGCCUUCGCCCCCCUCUCGCAUGUCCGCUUCUGGGUCUUCCAGAUCAUCAUGAUCUCCACCCCCUCCAUCAUGUACCUGGGUUAUGCCAUCCACAAAAUAGCCCGUACCUCCGAGGAGGAGCGCAAGAAGCACCACAGGCUCCGCAAGAAGCCACCUCACGCCAGGUGGAGAGAGAGCCACCACCUAGAGGAUGUCUUGGAGGAGGAUGAGGAUGACGAUGCUGAACCUAUGAUCUAUGAGGAUACACUGGAGGUGCAGGAGGCAAAGCCUGAAGCCGCAGCCAGCACCAACCGAGAGCCACAAAAACACGAUGGCCGCCGAAGAAUUAUGCAAGAAGGACUGAUGAGAAUCUACGUUCUUCAACUCAUGUCGCGAGCUAUUUUUGAAAUCAGCUUCCUCGCUGGCCAGUAUCUUCUCUAUGGCUUCCGUGUUAGCCCUUCAUAUGUAUGCAACAGGGUACCCUGUCCACACAGAGUGGACUGUUUCAUCUCUAGGCCCACGGAGAAAACAAUCUUCCUCCUCAUCAUGUAUGUGGUAAGCUGCCUCUGUCUUCUCCUAAAUGUGUGUGAGAUGUUUCACUUGGGAAUCGGCACUUUUCGGGACACCCUCCGCCAGAAAAGGAACAGGGGCCGACGGACGUCCUACGGCUACCCGUUCUCUCGUAACAUUCCAGCCUCUCCUCCGGGCUACAACCUUGUCAUGAAGUCGGACAAACCCAGCAGAAUCCCCAACAGCCUCAUCACCCACGAGCAGAACAUGGCCAACGUGGCCCAGGAGCAGCAAUGCACCAGCCCAGACGAGAACAUACCCUCUGAUCUGGCCAGCCUACACCGUCAUCUUCGGGUGGCCCAGGAGCAGCUUGAUAUGGCCUUCCAAACAUACAGCACCAAAAACAACCAGCAAACCUCCAGAACCAGUAGUCCUGUGUCCGGGGGCACCAUGGCAGAGCAAAAUCGGGUCAACGCCGUCCAGGAGAAACAAGGAGCCAGGCCGAAAUCAGCCACGGAGAAAACUGCGACCAUUGUAAAAAAUGGAAAGACCUCGGUUUGGAUCUAGCAAAUGCUCGAUACCGUAUGGUAAAUCAACGAUAGAACCUUUUCAAGCUCCAGGACUACACUGAGAGAUGAAUUGAGGGUGUGUAUGAUGUGACAUUGUACAAUAACAGUUGGAAAACACAUUAUCAAUCACAGUGAGGUAUACAGGACACACAGAUCUCCAAGUGACAUCAGAACAAUAUCAGUAGUAUUGGGGGAACCUAUAAACUGCCAAAUACAGUGCUAUGAAUCUUCUUUGUUACUUUUGUGUCAUUUUGUGCUUACCAUAGCUUUUGGUCAUGACUAACUUGUGCUUCACUUAUUUAAACAUCUCUAAUUUCAGCUAAAAUGUCAGAAUAUACACAGACUUUCAUUGCUUUGAGCUAUUUAUUUGAUCUACCCUCGCUGCUGUUGAACUGGAUUCACCAAGAAAAUUAUGUACGAUUGUGGCCUAAGUCAAAUUAUGAAAAUGCAGCGCAAAACACUGCAUAGUUGCACAAUGACAUAUUCCUGAAGAAUCAUGAUUGUUUGAGGAGUCCUAAGUUCAACCAGAAUACGGGGGGGAAAUAAAAUUCACUGGAGAUGUACUGAGAUUUUUGAAAAGAUGCAUGUGUAAUAUCUGAGGAAAUAUUUUGGAUGUGGUUUGUGUGAGUGUUGCUGGAAGCAGACUAAAUGUGAAAUAUUUUGAUGAAAAUAAUGAAAUGGGGUUGUGUCAGUAGAGCGUCUUCCAGUUAAAAUCUGGUCUGUGAUGAUCUGCAAGUGCAAAGUGAAAAGCCUUUAUCUAUUCAUUUUCCAAAGCCCUGCUGUGGCACAUUUGAAGGAGCAAAGGUAAGUGAACUGAAAAUCUGAAUAUUUGUAAACUAAAUACUGAUAGUUUCUGCAGUCUGAAGCAGAUAAUGCAUGCUUUACAAAUAGGCUCAUACAGUAUACACAUAGGUUACGGUAGAAAUCCCGUCCUUAGUUAUUCAAUUAGCUCGACAUUUAUCUUACGUUUAGGCAUGGUAUGUCUUGAUGAUGAGCAUUUUAUGUUUCCUGUCAAUGAACCAGUAUGUUUCUAAAAGUGGUUUCAUAGUAAUACUUAAUCCUGCCUUCAUUACUAUUCUACUCCAAAGUGCCUCAAACUUUUUAAGAUUGUUCAAGUGUUUUAUUGAU